CGCCUGACAUAAAGCAAAUGCUUUUGAGUCGACGUGGGGGGCGAGUGGCCAGCACUAACCCAUCUCAUUGAUAGCUAGUAUGCAUACACUGUCUUGCUAUCCACCUCCCUCACUCAGAACGGUCGUACAACCACUCAAUCUAGCCUGCUAGCUUCAGCUUCACCGGUUGUGUAGUAACCACGGGCAUUCAUCUCUUGCUUCAUUCAGUCGCCUGUAGUCAGGAGCCCCUCCUUCGCUCGAAAAACAACUCCGCCAAAUAUUGGGAUAAGGGGAUGGUCAUAUCUUCUUCGGCAUUUUCUCGGAAAAUUGUUACUAUCAAAACUCGUGUGUUCAUCUUGUAGAGGGUAAAGAGAAAAUACAAAAACUCAUUCUCUUUGUAUCUACCAGUUUUGAUUUUUAACAAGUACUAUAUUGACUUCGACAAUGCUGCAGCUAGCAAAUAAACAGAAAGGGCGAGACUAAAAUAAUAAAUGCCGAUGUGUAUUCUUUUCACUUUCUUGAAAUACAAAACAUACAUCGAUGCGUUUGAUAAUUCAAUAUACCAAGGUGCUACUGCAGUGUCAUUAGAUAGCCGCUAAGAAGACGACAGGAAGAUAGGAGUAUACACAACGCGAGUUGAACUCAACCCCAAGCAGACGAUUUGUUUGUUAUCGGGAUUUAUUGGUCGAUUACCGCGUCAACUUGAACUAUCGCCCUGCUGUAGGGCAACUCUUCAAACUCCAAUCGCUUCCAUUUCACUCACAUGUUCUGCGAUUUGUUGCAUUUCCAGACUCUAAAUGAAACUGUCGCAGUUUUGUUUUCAACAUUCAGCAACAAUAGAUAGAUUUUAGGACUUCUACAUCUGAUUUGCCGCUGGAGUCAUUUGCUACUUUCUCCAGAUGACUCAACUAGAGAGUAUGUCUGCGGCCCUACAUAGCUCGACUGCAAUGUCGGGCCAGCAUUUGCCGCCGUCGCAAGGCCAAAACCAGUCGCCACAACAUCAUCACCACAACCAUCACGUAGCCCACCACCAGCACAAUCACCAGCAACCUCAUCAGCAACUUCAUGGCACGCCUCAGCAACAACAUCCACAACAACAUCAGCAGCAAACACAACAGCAGACGACACAGCCCCACCAGCAAGCGGUACCUGCCGUUCAGCCCGCCGACUCAGUCGGCCUGGAGCAAUGCACGAGCACCGAUAUACCAGCCGACUCGCCCACCAGUCCAGCGGAGAGUGGAGAAAAGGUGAAGAAGGGCGGGGCGGGUAUUCGUCGUCAUGAGAAGCCGCCCUAUUCGUACAUCGCUCUCAUCGUAAUGGCGAUCCAGAGUUCACCGGCCAAACGGUUGACGCUCAGCGAGAUUUACCAAUUUCUCAUGCAACGAUUCCCAUUUUUUCGAGGCCCCUAUCAAGGAUGGAAAAACUCUGUUCGUCACAACCUCUCACUCAAUGAGUGUUUCAUAAAGCUACCCAAGGGACUUGGGCGACCAGGGAAGGGACACUACUGGACCAUUGACCCGGCCAGUGAGUUCAUGUUUGAAGAAGGUUCAUUUCGACGUCGACCGCGAGGUUUCCGACGAAAAUGCCACGCUCUUCGACCUCCGUACACGAUGAUGAACGCAAUGCCUCAUCACAUGCUAGGAAUGGGAGGUAUGGAUAUGUUUGGACAGAAUUCAGCCCAGGUAGCUCCUGGCGGACUACAGGCCAUGCAAGCUGGUAUGAAUCACAUGGGCCACAUGAAUGGUAUGGAUGGGAACAUGAACAUGAGUAUGAUCGGCGGCCCGAUGUCGCCACACCUUGCGAACAGCGCACCGAACGCCUGCUCGCCCAAUGGUGGAUUCAUGACUAGCUGCUCGAUGGCGGGUGGGGAGUACAUCUCAGCCAGCAGCGCGGGGACGCCUCCGACUCCGACCGGCCUCUACAUGAACGCCGCAGCCAUCAGUGGCGGGGGUGGUCUGGGAAUGGAUACAACGCAGUGCUCUGUCAGCUAUGCCGGAGGUUGGGGGAACACGACAGGGAAUAGUCGGUACAUCAAGCAGCAGCCUCCUGAAUGCGAGGAUGGUUCGCCUCAUCCUGCUGUCUUGCAAUCUCAUGUAGAUGCUACCAAUUACAUCACAUCAUCGGGAUCGCAUCACCCAGUACCAGAGGGAAUAGAUAUGACACAAGGUGAGUAACUCGACCAAAACCCAGACAAGUUCUAAAAUAUUUGUUAUGGGAUAUCAGUUCUUGCCUGAUAUAUACUAGAUUGAAAAUAAAGGAUAAUGAUGAUGAUGA